ACGCGGGGUCCGGACGGCGGCGGCGCAAGCGGCGGGCCGGGCCCGGGAGGCGGUGGGCCUGGAACGGGCCGGGCCGGGAGAGGCCGAGCGGAGCGAACCGAACCGAACCGCAGCUGGGCCGGGCUGGUAACUGGGCCGUGAAACGAACCCCGGGGCCCGGCGGGCAGCGCCAUGGCCGAGACGAUCAUCAUCCGGGUGCAGUCACCAGAAGGGGUGAAGAGGAUCACGGCCACCAAGAGGGAAACGGUGGCAACGUUCCUCAAGAAGGUGGCAAAAGAGUUUGGUUUCAGGAAUAAUGGCUUUUCUGUCUACACCAAUAGAAACCGGACAGGAGAGAUCACAGCAUCCCAAAACAAAUCCCUCAACUUGCUGAAAAUCAAGCAUGGGGAUAUGCUGUUCCUCUACCCCUCCAGCCCAGCUGGCUCCUCCUCAGAGACCAUGGACACCUCUGUCUCCCAAGGCUUGCGGCCUCUGGGGGCCCCCCAGGUGGUGGAGGAUGAGAUUGAUCAAUAUCUGAUCAAACAGGAUGGGAAGAUUUACAGAAACAGAGACCAGCAGCUGUGUCGCCACGGCCCCCUGGGUAAAUGUGUGCACUGUGUACCACUGGAGCCUUUUGAUGAGGAUUAUUUAAACCAUCUGGAACCUCCCGUGAAGCACAUGUCCUUCCAUGCCUACAUCAGGAAGCUGACCGGAGGGGCAGACAAGGGGAAGUUUGUUGCCCUGGAAAACAUCAGCUGCAAGAUCAAAUCAGGCUGUGAAGGGCACCCCCCUUGGCCAGAAGGCAUCUGCACCAAGUGCCAGCCAAGUGCCAUCACUCUCAACAGGCAGAAAUACAGGCAUGUUGACAACAUCAUGUUUGAGAACCACACAAUUGCAGAUCGCUUCCUCGACUUCUGGCGGAAGACGGGGAACCAGCACUUUGGGUACCUGUACGGGCGGUACACAGAGCACAAAGACAUCCCCCUGGGCAUCCGGGCUGAGGUGGCUGCCAUCUAUGAACCCCCACAGAUUGGUACACAGAACAGCCUGGAGAUCCUGGAAGAUCCAAAAGCUGAGGUGGUGGAUGAGAUUGCUGCAAAGCUGGGACUGAGAAAGGUUGGCUGGAUAUUUACUGAUCUGGUCUCUGAAGACACACGGAAAGGGACUGUCCGGUACAGCAGAAACAAGGACACGUAUUAUCUAAGUGCAGAAGAGUGCAUCACAGCUGGGAACUUUCAGAACCAGCAGCCCAACAUCUGUCGCCUUUCUCCAGAUGGUCAUUUUGGAUCCAAGUUUGUCACAGUUGUGGCUACAGGUGGUCCCGACAACCAGGUCCACUUUGAGGGCUACCAGGUGUCAAACCAGUGCAUGGCCCUGGUGCGGGAUGAGUGCCUGCUGCCCUGCCGGGACGCGCCGGAGCUGGGCUACGCCAAGGAGUCCAGCAGUGAACAGUAUGUGCCUGAUGUCUUCUACAAGGACAUAGACAAGUUUGGGAAUGAGAUCACGCAGCUGGCUCGCCCACUCCCGGUCGAGUACCUGAUCAUAGAUAUUACUACGACUUUCCCCAAGGAUCCAGUCUACACCUUUUCUAUUUCUCAAAAUCCAUUCCCCAUCGAGAACCGUGACGUGUUGGGAGAAACUCAGGAUUUCCACAGCUUGGCCACAUACCUGUCCCAAAAUACUUCCUCUGUUUUCCUAGACAUCAUUUCUGAUUUCCAUCUGCUCCUCUUCCUGGUCACAAACGAGGUCAUGCCCCUUCGGGACAGCAUCAGCUUGUUGCUGGAAGCUGUGAGGACCAAGAAUGAGGAGCUUGCACAGACCUGGAAAAAAUCAGAGCAGUGGGCCACCAUCGAGCAGCUCUGCAGCACAGUCGGUGUCCAGAUCUCAGGACUCCAGGAGUACGGUGCCAUGGGCGGCUCGACGCACGCCGUGUCGGCAGCCAUGUGGGCCUGCCAGCACUGCACCUUCAUGAACCAGCCAGGCACAGACCACUGCGAGAUGUGCAGCCUGCCCCGGACCUAGCCCUGCCGACUGACUCCAAUACAGAGCAAACCCUCGAGCAGCAGGAGUGGUGCUUGUCCCUUCCCCCUCCUCCCUUCAGCUUCCCGCCAGUGGGCCCCCACCCCGGGCUGUGGAGCCGGGCAGGGGGGGCUCCAGCCCUCCCCAGUUCCUCCUUGCUUCCUUUUGGGGCAUCCCUGUAGUUGCACCAGGAGCCGGGCACCCUGGCUUUAUCCUGAUAGUGGCCCCCGGCCCAGGAAACAAAGGCUUAACCUCAGUGGGGCUGGGCUGUCCCCCUGCCACCCCCGGGGUGAGCACGGCAGCGCUCAGGGGGGCUGUGGGCAGCCAGGACCCUCCUCUCCUUGCCCAAAGCAGCCUCUCGGCCCUGUGGAAGUGAUGGGGAGGCUGUAGCACCUCCCUGCCCACAGCUUUGCUCACCUUUCUCUCCCAGCCUGGGGUGCAGGCAGCUGGGACCGGGCGGCAGCUCCUCUGCCAGGCUGGGCCCUGCGUGCUGGCAGCACUCCCGGGGUAGAACGGGCCCCCCCUUGGCACCGGUGAGGGGUGGGCAUGUGCCAGCUCUCAGCUUGGCACCCAGCCAUGCUCACUGCCUCCUGUGUGGCAGAGCUGCUCCAGCACCCGGCUGUGUGUGCUGGGGAGAGAGGGGGGGUCAGACCUUCCCCCGUGCCCACCGCCCUCCUGACCACGUCCUGCCUGGGGCUGGGGGUCCGGCUGUGCUCUUGCUGCUCACUGUCCCCUUUAGACCCCAGCUGGGGGCUGCCCCAUGCCAGGCCGGUGCUUGCAGUGCCACCAGGGCUCUGCCCCAUCCUGGAGCCCCCCUGCCCCGGCGCUGCGGGGUCCAACCUCAGUUAAAUCCCUGGAACAUCGAUUCCAGCCUUAGUUAAGCCCCUGGAGCACGGUGCCAGCACCUGGCCGGGCUCUGCCAAAGGCUUUGUCCCACCAGCCUUACCGGAGCAGCCCUGCCACGGGGUCCCUGGGCUGCAGUUUGCUUUUCCCCUGGGUUCGUGGGUGUCUGGGGUGGUGGCGGUGUGUGCGGUGCCUGGGACCGGCCUGACCCUGGCGCGGGGUCUGCGAGUAACGUUGAAUAAAAGCACCCAAAAACGA